GUGGCGGGAGAUAAGUUCUAAUUCCAUGGCGCGGCCCCGGUCUCCCGCCUGUGGCCGAGGAUGCUGCUCCAAGGCGUGCGACUGUGGCGGCCCGGGGCUGUGGAGCAAUUCGUCGCUGCUGGGCAGGCGGCUGGGCGAGGACUCGAGCCGCCAGGAGCUGCUGCGGAAGUGGGCGGGCAUGUGCAGCGCGGCGGAGGCGGAGGCCGGCGCGGAGGCGGCGGCGCGGCGCGGGGAGGCGGAGGCGGCGGCCCCCGAGAACCCGCUGGUGUUCCUGUGCUCCGGCUGCCGGCGGCCGCUGGGCGACUCUCUGAGCUGGGUGGCCUGCCAGGAGGACGCCAACUGCAUCCUGUUGCGCUGUGUUUCCAAUAACGUUUCUGUAGAUAAGGAACAGAAGCUAUCCAAGCGCAAAGAUGAAAACGGUUGCAUUCUCGAGACGCUGUACUGUACGGGCUGUUCCCUCACCCUUGGCUGCGUGUACAGAUGCACUCCCAGGAAUCUGGAUUACAAGAGAGACUUGUUUUGCCUCAGUGUCGAAGCCAUUGAAAGUUAUACUCUAGGGUCUGCCGAAAAGCAAAUCGUGCCAGAAGAUAGAGAGCUUUUUAAUCUUGAAAGCAGAGUUGAAAUAGAAAAGUCUCUCAAGCAGAUGGAAGAUGUCUUACAAGCCCUGCAAACAAAGCUGUGGGAGGUGGAGUCAAAGUUGUCCUUUGCCAACUGCAGCAGCUGAGCUCUGGCCCAAACCGUACCUUGCCCCGCCCGCCCCACAUCUCCUAGAGAACUGUAGAAUUAUUCCUACACCUGUGUUUUAUGAGAAAGAGUUAUUGUUCCCCACAUUUACAUUUUAAAGCUAUUUAUGAUACAUGCAGGAAUUGGAACUUCCGAGUAAUUAUUUUUGAUAAAAUCUAGGAUGUUUUUCUCAACUAUUUUCUCUAUUAAAUUCACUUUUUUUGGUGAUUUCUCUCUA